CUCAACUGGAUUUAUUUUAGGCGAUGGCUGGCACCGUUGACACGAAGCAAUCUCGUGCCGCGCCUAUCCCGUCAUCGAGAUAUGUACCAUAUUUUUCACGGGCUAACGACCGUAUCGAGCCCACUGGGGAUGUCUGUGGGACACUUGCCUGAUAACCUGACCGCAAGUUCAGACACCGUGUUCAGCUUUUGUGAGUGCCUACUGCCUUCUAUUGACGUAUACAAUACGCAGCUAUGCUGGCAGGCGCUACCCUUCCAGUCACCGGAACGGUCACUUCUGCAUCACUCCGUUCUAGCCAUCAAGUAUCACCGAACACGUGUGAGCGUGGCCGUUAUUUGCUAUACUUAUUUUCCUCUGGAAAUCUGGACCCUGGCGUUAACUAGGCCAGUUAACAUGUCAUCCAACAUCGAAUGGUCAUACAUCGACGAAUUCGACCCCCUGAAGACAUACUUCGUAGAGAUUCACCACGUCGCGGCGUAUGUACUCAGUCUACGCAGCCGCUGGCGACUCGAAAAUCUGCGAACGGCAGUACCUGCUCGCUGGCUGAGACUGCUGGCUUUGCAGGGUGAGAAAUGCGCCCACGAGCAAGUAACGGAUUGCCCCCUGCAAGGGUUGUUAUACAACCGCGAAAUCACAAGAGCCCAAUCCAGCGAGAACCCCAGGGUUAGUCCGACUAUGGAUCCGAGCCUGCCCCCAUCAUGCGAAUCCAGCGAAUCGGAAGUUCCAGAGAUCUCGGAUGGAUUGACGUUUGACGCUGCUGUCUCGGAGAUUUUUGCCUACACCGGCAGAGAGAGCGAGGUAUCGACUUCUAUCGCUCGCUUGUUUGCAAGCAUACCCGGAUGCAAAUUAGAGAGGGAUCCUAAUCAUACCUAUUCUCCUAGGGUAUCGACCACACGGCCUCUAGAUUUUAUGUUGUUCUCCUCGCCUUCGCGUAGCGGGAGCCUCGAGAGUCAAUCUCUCGAUAUCUCGCUCUCGACUCGGCCAUCCGUAAUGUUAUGGAUGAAGGGUCCCGCCUAUUGGCGGCACCAAGCGGACACGCGAUUACAGGAGUCUUCACCAGCGCGUCUGCGAGAAGACAUGGCUAGUCAUGCGGGACCGCACCUGAGCAGCCUUAUUGCUUGCUGGACAAUAUCAACAUCUCACUUGGAAGCAAACGUGCUCCCAGAAUGGCUUGUGCUAUUUGGCGUCAUCCACGAUGCAGACCACGUGCGUAUAGUUGCACACAUACCGUUCCGUGGAAGACAUGCGCCGCAUUGUUACUUGUCUUAUCUUGUCGACGAGUUGUCCUUUGGUGCACCACUUUUCCCUCAAGGAAGUGCUACCUGCGGACAAAUAACUGACCGUCUACGUGUUCUUCUGGCUUUCGUGGCUUUACGACGGCACGUAGGUGACUUACGGCGGCUUCUUUUUGGGACUGAGCCCUACCGAGACGAGGCAUUUACUAGUGUGAAAUCAUCUUCCUCGAAGUACUCACGGUGCUCUUCACAUUACAAGACGCCGAGCAACACUUCUGUCUAGCGUUCUCCCUCGCAUGGCAGGGCUAGACGAUGAAACCGCUUACCACCGCAGGAAUAAAUGGCGUUCUCUUUCUAGAGUUGGGUCCACUCCCAAGACGGUAAAUCACUCGAGCGACGGGCACUUAACAUUUUGCACGUCCUCCGCAUCCUGUUGCAGUAGCUUUUCUAUUCUGUCGGAUGAUAUCAGCUCAUCGAGUUACGAGUACUCGGAGCGGUCACGGAGUGGAUCUCGAUGGUCAGGCUUUAUG